AUGCUCGUUCAACUCAGGGCUUCGACCGCUCGCUCGGCCGCUUCGGCCAUCACUCGCGUUGCCAGAGUGAACGCCGUCAGAGGAUUCAUCGCCCCGACUGUCUCGCGACGAGCCGACUUCGUCCAGGAGCUUUACCUCAAGGAGCUCAAGGCCUACAAGCCCACUCCCAUCAAGGAGUCUGACUCCGUUGGUCAGGUCCAGACCUUCUCUGCUCCCAAAACUCCCAAGUCUCCCGAGGAGGCCGACCUUGCCAGCAGCUUGAAGGAGUACGAGAGCAUGGCCGUCGAGGUUGAGGGUCAGGAGGCCGUUGCCCCUGGCGCCGCCGCCCCCGUUGUUGAGGACUGGCUGGUCGAGGAGGAGGAGGACGAGCCCGCGCAUCACUAA